AGAAACAAGACGAAAUCCAAAACCAAACAUCGUUGAUGAUCAAUUACUCCAAGAAGCAGUGCUGGGAUACCCUCUUAUGUUCACUCGCCCGGCUGUUAAACUGAAGGACAAACUUCCCACUUCAGCUUACCGCAUUUCCAAGCUCUCCACAGUCCGAACAACUCCAUCCGUCCACCCCACUAAGACCACCACUAUCAACAACCUCAACAGCCUCAAUCGCUUCAACCAAACACGCAAAAUGUCUUUCUUUCCACGUUUAGCCCAUCCCUCUGGCGACUUUACUCCUCUUUUCCGUCUCCUAGACGACUACGAGAGCCACCGCUCUGGCACUGAAAGCGCCUCCUCCAGUACCCUGCGCUCCUUCGCCCCUCGCUUCGACGUCCGCGAGACAAAGGACGCCUACCACCUUGACGGCGAGCUACCAGGAAUUGCCCAAAAGGACAUCGAUAUCGAGUUCACUGACGCACAAACUCUCGUCGUCAAGGGCAGGUCGGAACGCGAAUAUUCCGCAUCCUCCGGCGGUGACGAAGAGCCUUCCGAUGCUGGCCAUGGGGGCAAGAAAACCCGCCAGGCAACCGUGGAGGACGAGGAUGCGUCAUCGACGACCGCCGUGACGAAGACGGGCGGCAAGUCGCAGGAGGUCGGUUCCCCUCUGCGCGGCGGGAUGAAGUAUUGGGUCAGCGAACGCUCUGUGGGCGAGUUCAGUCGCUCAUUCAACUUCCCCACCAGAGUCGAUCAGGACAAAGUGAAGGCUUCAUUGAAGAAUGGGAUCUUGUCGAUUGCUGUGCCGAAAGCGGCGGCGCCGACCUCGAAGAGGAUCAAUAUUGAGUGAAGGCAGGGGUGCCAGCCUAGGGUAUGAUAAGAUAAGAUGGGUGUAUAGUUCAUAUGUCGUUUGCCUGACUGAUGAGUGGAUGAUUUGUUUUUCGAUACGUUGCAAUUUGGUAUUAUGAAUGACAGCUUUUGAUUUGGAACUCUACUAGGUUUGAUUUCAUUUCUGGUUUGCUUUUCCUUUUCCUUUUCCUUUUUGCUUCUUCUCUUCAAUUUGCUAGCGUUUCUUUGUGGAUUGCAGCAUUAACGGGAAUGGAGAAAAUGGAGGGUACGACUUCUGGAUGAGAUAACAUCGCCUGGGUGUGGAGAAAAGUAUGUACACUAGCAACAUCUUGAAAUCAUGAAAUUGAACUGUAAUAAUAUUCAUUGAUUUGCAU